CUGCGGAGAGAGUGCUGGCAAUGGGUUCAGUCAGAAACAUCCCUUAUGGAUUCAGUGCAAAUUAUGAGACCGUAAUAAAGAUCAUUGGGAGCAAAUACGUUCGAUGCCUUGUAGAAAAAAAUGAUGGCAAAGCAAAGGAGGGUGUGAAAGCUGAGACACAAUCCAUGUCCAGAACAUUACCCCCACGUAAUGCAAGACAGACACAUGGAAACCCUCCAGGCCUCAGUAAGCCUCCUUGUCAACAAAUCAAUUAUGGUCGCAAUGAUGAACAACAGAACAAAGGUGAAAAAGAAGAACAUAGGUAUAAACAAGGAGAGACAAAUGAUAACAGAUCUGUGGACAGCAAAGCUUUAAAAUCAUUAAAUAUACACUGCAUCACUGCUCCCUCCGGAGAUAAAUCUUUAUCCUACAUUCAUACACUCCAAAAACCAUCUAUUGGAGCUCAGACUUUAAGACAACUUGAAAGACAACAGGAUAUUGUGGAAGAACCAACAGAGACAUAUGAGGAGAAUGAUUCUCUCCUGGCUGUCCUCAAAAAGGAACUUGAGCUGUACCCGUUGAGUCUGACUACAUUAGACAAGCUGCAGGAAGAGUGUAAGGUUUUGGAUCCCAGAAUUUCAAGACUUCUAACUCAGGCAGAACUGAGCCACCUGCUUCUAAAACAUGAAAUCCCUCUUCAGUUACCAACAGUCAAACUUCUUUUCAAGAGAUUUUCGAAGGCAAAUGACCUAGAAUUGGUAAAUUAUGAAAAGUUGCUCCAGUUUUUAACAUUAGUAGCAGCAAGUAAAAUUCAGCAAGCAGGAGCCCUUUCUGAGAAGAGUCAAAAUGUAAAGAAUCAGAGUAAAAGUCCUUGUACUCCAGAGGAUGCAUUCCAGGUUUUGAAGCAAAUACUAAAAGAACAGAAAGGAGAGUUGGACAUUGGAAAACUAAGCCUGAGUUUUCUACAACAAGACAAGACUUGCUCAGGUCUUCUUUCGCUCUCUGAGACAGAGAUGAUUUGCCAAAAGCACGGAAUAACUCUACAUCCUGGGAUGAUGGAAGUUUUGGUUAAUACCUAUGAUUUUGGUAGAAGAGGCAGAGUGCAAUGGAAAUCAUUUGUGGAGUUUCUGAAGGAUGUCCAGGCUGGAAUAGACCCUUCUUCACUUGUCUGCAGAAGAAGAAAAAAGGAGAAAAGUGAAGAUGAUUCUCAGAAGGACAAAAAACAGCACAAACAUCUUUCUACCAAGACCUGGAAGCAAAUGAAUCAUGAUGUAUCUGACUCCAGUGAUUCUGAGGAACGAGAUGCCUGGAUAGACAGGUUCAGAAAACUGGAAAAAGCACUUUAUAUGUCUGAUGUCAAAAACACAGGCAAGUUGGAAAAGGAAAAAGCCAAGCGCUUGAUCUAUAACUACAAUCAAAUUUAUGAUCUGUGCCUUAGUCCACUGAAAAUUGAUAAAGCUUUUCGACCUUUCCGUCCUGGACAAGAGAUGCCACUGGAACCUCUGCUACAUUACUUAAAGGAGCUGUAACUUGUACUAUUAACACAGUACUCAUGAAUGUACUUGUCCUCAUCUCAUGUUUAUUCAUCCAUUGACAUUCUUACUAAUUCAUUAUCUGCAAAUUUCAACUUGCCAUUGAUUCUUCACUUUCAAAUGAGUUGAAACAAAACA